AUGAAGUUCCUCAUCUGCUUGACUCUCUGCAUUGCCGCCGCCCAGGCUGGCUUCAUCGCCUCUCCGGUGAACACUUAUGCCCCUGCUCCAGCUUAUGCCACCUAUGCCGCUGCUGCUCCCGUGGCCUACAGUGCUCCAGUGACCACCUAUGCUGCUGCAGUUCCUGCAUACUCCACUUAUGCUGCCGCUGCUCCAGCCUACACUGCCUCGGUCUACAGUGCUCCUGCCUAUACUGCUCCUGUGGCCACCUAUGCAGCUCCCAUCACCACCUACUCCGCUCCAGCCAUCGUCAGUCCCUUCCUGAAGAAGAAGUAA